AUGUCGCUGUUGGAGGUGCUGGCGGCCUGCCCUGCGGCGGCCGCGGCGCGCGGUGCCGCCGCGGCGGCGCUCGGCGCAGGGACCGCGGGCAAGGUGCUCGUGUCGCUCACGGCCGCAGCCGCCCGCGGCGCCGCCCAGGGCGCGGCGGCAGCGCCGAGCGACGGCGGCGGCCAAGGGGGCGCUGGAGGCGGCCUCCUCUCGCUCGUGGAGGAUGCCUUGUGGGCCAUCGGACGUGCAGCGGGGCUGGAAGGGAAGCCCACCCUUACCGAGGCGAAGUCGCGCCUCCGCGAGGUGGGGCCCGAGGGGGCCGCCCUGGCAUCGCGCCUGGGGCGGCUCAGCCGUGCCCGCAACUCGGCGGGCCACCCCGACGUCGGCCUGGCGCGCGACGUCGCGGCCGCCUUCGCGGGCAAGCGCGAGGACAAGCAGCUGGCCACGGAGGGCAACGUGCUGCAGCCGAAGCAGCUUAAGGUCAAGCAUGGCGACCUCAACCGCAUGGGGCUCGAGGCCAUGUUCGAGGCCAAGUUCCAGGCCAUGGAGGAGCUGCUGGUGGAGCAGUCGCGGGCGUACCAGCUGCUCAUCGAGGGCCUGGGCGCAACGGUCUGCUCGGAGGGGGAAAAGAUCGGCUUCGACAUCCACGCAGGCCACGUGGAGCCGGCUGCCAAGGAAAAGGCGAAGGUCGUAAGCACGAGGGGCCAGCUUGCCGACCAUGUGAAGAGCGAGGAGCUCAAGGAGGCCAUCGUUGACUGCCAGGUCGACAACGCGGUCGAGGCCUACGACGACGGCGGCGACGUCGUGGGGCACGAGGCGCUGGCGGAGGCGCGCGCGGAGUCGUUCGUCGCGGCUUCUUCCGGUUUCUACUCCGCGCGGUUGGGGCGCAUCGUGAGGGCGUGUCUCCUUGAGCAGGACCUCGCAGCCUCGACUGCCACGGAGACCUGUGUCGAGGACCUGUUCCACAACGUCUACUCCUACCUCGCUGCCUGCCACGGGAUUGAUGCGCGCGUCAAGCCGAGCCUUCAAGGCCAGGUCGACGAGCUCAUCUCCUGCUCG